AUGAAAUCAUUAUUUGAGACACAAGUCGAAUUAGACCUACUGAUUCACACGACACAAACUCUAACACCAAAACAUUCGAUUCAAGCACCAGCGGCAGACUCUCAAUACGCAUUUGGAUUUGUGUACACAAAUUUAUGGAACGAAAGACUUCAAGAGAUCGUCGAGGGCACUGUGACUGGUGGAAUCAUCAACAUGUUCCUGAAUCGAUACACAAAGUCAAAGUGGAACAUGAAGUCGAAUGAGUUGGGGAUAGAAGGAACUUUAUUAGACUUAGGACAUUUAACUUUUGCAUUUCAAAUUUGCUUUAUUGCAUCAUAUGCAGCAUUAAUAGUUUUUGUUUGUGAAUUAAUUGUUCACAGGUCAAUGAUUAAAAUUAAGAGGAAGAUGCUUGAAUAUCAAUCUGAAGUAAAAGCAUGUCGAGAUUUUUUUAGAGGAAUGUUCAGUCAAAUCUGCAGAAUAAUUCCAUUAAGUUGGAGAACGUUUUUUGACUUAAGAUUGAGUAAGUUUCGCACAUUCUUCAGUGAUGUUCCUGAAAAUUCAAUUAAAAAGAGGCAGACUAAUGAUGAACAAAAUAGGAUUGAAAUUUUAGGUGAAGUUAUUGACGAUUUGGAUUCAGAUUAA